CAUUCUCGAAUCUACACCGCAAGACUCAAGACCAACAACCACAAUGGCCCCCAAGAUUCGUCACCCCGCCCCCGCCUUUACCGCUGACGCCGUCGUCGACGGAGAGUUCAAGACCGUGUCGCUGUCCGACUACAAGGGCAAGUACGUCGUGCUCUUCUUCUACCCCAUGGACUUCACGUUCGUGUGCCCCACGGAGAUCAUCGCGUUCAGCGAGAAGGCUGCGGAGUUCCGUAAGCUUGGCUGCGAGGUGCUGGGCUGCAGCGUGGACUCCAAGUUCUCGCACCUGGCGUGGAUCAACACUCCCCGCAAGAAGGGCGGUCUGGGUGAGCUGGACAUUCCUCUCCUUGCCGACUUCAACAAGGAGAUCUCCCAGGCUUACGAUGUCCUGAUCGACGUGGGCGAGGAGACCGGCGCCACCUUCCGUGGCCUGUUCAUCAUUGACGGUGAGGGCAAGCUUCGUCAGAGCACCAUCAACGACUGCCCCGUGGGUCGCAACGUGGACGAGAUCCUUCGUCUGGUGGAGGCCUUCCAGUUCACGGACGAGCACGGUGAGGUGUGUCCGGCUGGCUGGAAGAAGGGCAAGAAGACGAUCAAGCCCACGGUGGACGCGUCGAAGGAGUACUUCGAUACGGCUAACUAACUAAGGCAAAUUGCACCGUGUUUAAAACGGUGCCGACCAAAAUAUAUGAACACUGUUUAUUCGUGAAUUUGCUGGAUGUCAUUGAAACCGCUCGGAGAGUAGUUCAACGGCCAAUGCAUUACAGUUCAUUUGAAACCUAGCACAUUUUUCGUACUCACACGAGUUUCGAUGCCUAUCAUUAUUAGCACACAUCUUGCAUUGUUGAGCCGCC